CCACCCACUCACCCAACCCAACCCAUCCCAACGCCCCCACAAAAAGUCUCCUUCAUUCUCUCUUCCCCCAUCUCCUUAAGACCAUUUUGCUCCCCCAACCCCCCCAUAUUACUUUCAACCAUAUAUAUUUAUCUCCCUCUCCAUCUCCUUCAUUUCACACAAACAAUACAUCUUCUCCUUCUUCUUCUUCUUCUUCUUCUUCAUCUUUGGCAAAUGGGUUUUGAUGAUGUUUGCAAUACAGGUCUUGUUCUAAGGUUAGGUUUCACAGCAGCCCAAGAAAGUUGUCCUUCAUCUAAGGUUGAUAGUAAUAUUAAUGAAAGACCAAAGAAGACUUUGGUCACAAAUUUUUCCUUAUCAUCAACUAGCAAUUUUGAGCCGUCUUUAACUUUGGGUCUCUCCGGCACUGAACCUGGUCAUCAUCAUCAACAACAACAAGUUGUAGCUAGUAGCUGCAGAUCUUCAAAGAUUGAUGUCAACAAAGGCUGUGAGGAAUCCAAUAAUAUCGAUUUGUAUCGUCAACCUUCGCCUCAUAGCGCCGUUUCGUCUUUCUCGAGUGGGAGGGUUAAGAGGGAGAGAGAUCUUAGCAGUGAAGAGAUUGAGGUAGAGAGAGUGUCUUCCAGAGUUAGUGAUGAAGAUGAAGAUGGUUCUAAUGCAAGAAAGAAACUUAGGCUUACCAAGGAACAAUCCGCUCUCUUAGAAGAAAGCUUCAAACAGCAUAGCACUCUCAAUCCUAAGCAAAAACAAGCUUUAGCGAGACAGCUAAAUCUGCGGCCUAGACAAGUUGAAGUAUGGUUCCAGAAUAGAAGAGCCAGGACAAAGCUUAAGCAAACAGAAGUAGAUUGCGAGCUCUUGAAGAAGUGCUGCGAAACAUUAACAGAUGAAAACAGGAGGCUUCAGAAAGAGCUACAAGAACUCAAAGCACUGAAACUGGCCCAACCUUUGUACAUGCAUAUGCCGGCGGCCACCCUCACCAUGUGUCCGUCUUGCGAAAGACUAGGCGGCGGUGUCGGCGUUGGUGUCGUCGACGGUGCUACCAAGAGCCCAUUUUCCAUGGCUCCUAAACCUCACUUCUACAAUCCCUUCAACAAUCCUUCAGCAGCUUGCUAGGGUUUUAUUAGGAAAAAAGAAGAAGAAAAAGUUAGAAGAAGAUUAAAAUGAGAUCAAUCACCACCACCUCAUGACCCCUAUAUUUUUUUUGGUUAAGGGCUAGUUUUGUAGUGAGGGGAAAGAAAAAAAAGAUUAGUGUAAUUAAUUGUAGAAAAAUAGUAAUUACUGAUCAAUUACCCUCUUCCUUUUGUUUUUUUUUUGGUUGUUUCUUUUAAUUAUAUAUGUUUGUAAAUCGUUAAAACAAUAUAUCUAUGAAUCAUUACUAUUAAUUAAUUUA